AAUGUCAAUGUCACUGUCAUAAAAGUGUUUUUAAAUUACCGCUUUAGCGGCUACGAAAUGAGAUAUUUUAUAUAUUAAUAAACAUAUUAAACAAGUGAAGCUACUCAAAGGAGAAACACAUAUUUAAAUUAUAAUACAGAGAUGCAGAGUAGAAAUCACCUUAGGUUUUCUUCAGGAACUGAGGAUAGUUUAGUCGAAGAUAAAGUUCGACAAAAUGCAGCCGGAACACCCAAACGAAGUACAAGAAUAAGGAACAAGCCAAAAAAAUAUGGCGAUAUGGAGUUAACACCGACCAAAAGAAGAAGCCUUAUAGAGUGCGAAAGUUCUGAAGAGGAUGAUGUUAAAAGAUCAUGUAUAGAAAAACCAACAGCUUUAUUCUGCAGUGACGACGUUGAUGGGCAAGAUAUAUUUAAGUUUAAAUCACGACACACCAAGAAUGAUCUACAGAACAUAGUAAAGUCAGCUGUAAACUCCCCAAUGAUGACUCCUAGCAAGUCUAGAACUGCACUACUUAGUGGUGCUGAAGCUACACCAAGACAUGUCACAGAUAUUAUGAAAAAGAGAAUAAAGAGAGAAGUAGAAAGUGAGAGUUCAGAGAGUGACUUCUCAGAUGGGAGCAGCAGUGAUUUUGUACCUGACAAGAGUUACGAAGAGUCUGAUUCAUCUGCGUCAGAGUCUGCUGGAGAGGAAAGUGAUGAAGAAAAUGUUAAGAGUCCUUUACAUUCACCACAAAAAGUGCAAAUUGCAAAGAAGGAUAAUAGGACAAGACCAAAAGAUUCUGAAUAUGUUGUUACUCCUGAUAAUUACUUCUUGAUGCAUUCCAGUAAAAAGAUAACAACAUCAGAUCACACACUCGCUAGACUUAAAAAUAUGAACUUAAAUGAUGAAAAUGAAUCAAUUUAUAUAUCAAAAGAGCAUGAGGAAAGAAUAGCUGAUUUAGUACAAUCAUAUGAGCAUCUAUUUGACAGAUGGUUAUAUGUUUUGAGUGAGGAUUUUAAUGUUAUUUUGUAUGGAGUGGGCUCCAAGCGAUGUGUCUUACAACAGUUUCAAUCCCAGAAGCUCAACGACCAACCUUGUAUUGUUGUAAAUGGAUUCUUCCCGAGUUUAACAAUCAGAAGUAUACUGGAAACGAUAGUUAUAGAUUUGCUAGAAAAUUCCAGAGUACCUUCAAAUAUUGGUGAUACAAUUGAUUUAAUCGAUUGCCAGCUAUCGGAGAAUAAUGUGGAUUUGUUCCUGAUUGUACAUAAUAUAGACGGAGAUAUGCUACGUAACUCGAAGUCGCAAGCGGUGUUGGCGAGUUUGGCGCAGUUAAAGAAUGUUCACAUGAUUGCAACUAUUGAUCAUAUUAAUGCACCACUCUGUAAGUAUUAUUUUUUUUGUAAUAACCUGCUCGUCAGGCACCAGCUGCAACACAACCAUCACAACUAUCAAGGUUUACCUUUCAAGGAUCUUUAUUCGAAGUCCCGCGAGCAGUUCCUGGUGAGUUCCGAGCUGGCGUUGCGCGCGCAGCUCACUGAGUUCCUCGACCACAAACUGGUCAAAAUUAAAAGAACUUACGAUGGUAGUGAAAAUUAUAUCAUACCUAUUGAAAAUUCAUUAUUACAGCAGUUUUUAGAAGAGCAAGAUUAGACAUAGUUUUUUAUACUUUUAAAUAAUAUAGCCGAAAACAUAGAAUUAUGGAAAAUUCGGAUUUGGUCCUUUUCUUAAUAAAGUUAAAUUUGUUUUUAUCAGAUAUGUGUAUUUAUAAACUAUAAUGAAAACUCCUUAUUACUUUGCUUUUACUGCCUCAUGAAUAAUUUCUAUAAAAUAACUGCUUUCAACUUUAAAAAAUUAGAAUUUUACUUAGCGAAAUUACAUAAAAUGAAAAACAGCAAUUUGAAUGUUAAAUAUUUUCUGAUUACCAAAUUUUGAAAGGAUUGGUUUUAAUAAAACUAUAAGAUAA